UUUGUCUUUGUGGUUCAACAGGAUGUCUAUGUCUGUGGUAGGGUUUAGCAUGAAGCCAGAGCUGCUCUUCCUCUUCUUGCUGUCCACAUUCACCUUUGCCCAGAGUCCUGUCUGGGUGAGACUGGUUCCAGACAGGUCACAGUUCUUUGAGUAUGAACAGGCAUCUCUGAGCUGUGAACACCAGAGCAUGGAGGAGUGGACUGUGUGGAGAUACACCACCAAGAGUUUGCAAAUGUCACAGUGUGGAGUGGGCUGGGGCAGCCAAUCAUCCUCCUCCUGUAACCUGGAGACACUGAAAGUGCCAACCACCGGGGUUUACUGGUGUGAGUCCAGACUGGGAGACAGUAGCAAUGUCAUCAACAUCACUGUCACAGAUGAACCUGUGAUCCUCCACAGCCCCGCUCAACCUGUGACACAAGGAAGUGAUGUCACUCUAAGCUGUAGAACUAAAGGCACGCUCAGCGGCCAGUCCAUAUCCUUUUACAAAGACAACGUUCUGCUCAAGACGGGAACCAUAAGUCACAUGACCCUUCAUCAAGUCUCCAAGUUGGAAGAAGGCGCAUACAACUGUGAGGUUGGCGGCGUAGGCAACUCUCCGUCCAGCUGGCUUACAGUAAAAGCCACAGAAGACUUGCGUCCUCCGUCUCUCGUGGUAUCUCCUGAUUCGUCGCAGUUUGCUGAGUACGAGAACCUCACCUUGACUUGUGUGGGCGCUAAUGGAAUCAUCGGGCACUGGAGUGUGAAGAGGUUCACCACUUUUACUAAAAUACUCUCCAGCUGUGGGGUCAGAUGGGGCACACCCACAUCCCAGGGCUGUUUCCUGCAGACACUCAAACAGCCGGACAGCGCCAUCUAUUGGUGUGAAUCAUGGCAGUGCCAACGCAGCAACUCUGUUAACAUCAACAUUUAUGAUAAGAAGUUAACGCUGCGUAGCCCCGUUCUUCCAGUGACAGCUGGAGACAAUGUGACACUGUCCUGCAAAGCCACAUCCCCUUAUGGUCCAGCCUUGUUCUACAAAGACGGUUACCACCUCCAGACUUCGCAAACCGGUCACAUGAACCUUUACCGUGUGACCAAGGCUGACGAAGGCGUCUAUAAAUGUGAAAUCAGCGGCAGAGAAGAAUCUCCACCGAGUCAGCUGUUAGUCAGAGCCCACGCUGCAGCAUUUAGAUCAGCUGUCUCUGUCUACACUGUGAUUCGCUGGAUCCUGGUUCCUUUUCCAUAUUUGGUCUCCACGCUGCUUACGCUGUACAAAGUGAAGGGUGUCAGACAGAGGCUGUGCACAUGGCACAAUAGAAAAACCAGGUCAGUUCCUGUGAUCAAGGCCCCGCCCACUGAAGAAGACAAGCGACAGAACGAAGACUACGAAGAUGUGGAGUGUGUCACCACUGAACAUCAUUUCUGAAUGAAACUUUAUAUCUUGGCUCAUUAUUAAAAAUCAUGUCAGCUGUGCCCUGAUUGGUCGCCUGCAGUUCAUUACAGUUGUGA